GCUACGUCAGGUCUCUCGCUUUGGCUGGUGCCCAAUCCCGCCCAAUUGCAACUUAUCCAAAAGGUGUUGCCAAAGCAGCCUAAGACACGUCCAGUGUCCGCUGCUUCCUACCCAGAUAUAACUCCUCAUAUCACACUGGCAAGCUCGGGAAAGGCAACGCAGGAUGCAAUCCUACGAGCCAUACCAUCUACUCUGCAUUCAAUUCCAGUCGAGUUCCAGAAGCUCGAAGUCGGCUAUCAUUAUUUUAGAUCUGUUUUCAUAUCUGUAAAGAAGACGACUGAACUCGUCGCGCUGCAUGAACAUAUUAUGGCUGCGCUCGACAGGGAUGGAGCAUCGCCUUCAGCCCCAGCAUUUCCGCACAUGUCCAUCAGUUAUAUUGCAGAUGAAGAUGGGGCUGCUGAGCGCAAGAAGGCCGUUGAUGAGCUGCGGGCUAUCGCAGUUGUUGAGUGUUCAGAGACGGACCUAGAUGAGGCAGAAACAGUUGUUCUUCGCUGUGGAGACUCCGAGGAAGGACAUGUGUGCCUUGCGGGAUUUGAAGGCACAGAAAUUUGGAUCGUCCGAUGUGAAGGACCAGUACAACACUGGCAAGUGUUACAUAAAAUAAUAGUGACACCAGACGUUACCUAG